CCCCACCCCAAUUAAUCCCGAAUUUACCGAGCUUUCUAUAUCCACCCGAUCGGUUCAAGUCCGACUAUCCGUACGGGAGGCGGAAUAUUUCCAUGUAUCGCUGCUAUUUACGAUUAUUAUUGUUCUCCUUUUAUUUAUUGUCCUGUCUUUUUAUUUAUUGUCCUGUCUUUUCAUUUCUUUGUAAUGGAUCUAUUGAUUUCUCUUUUUCUUCCUUGUAUUUGGAAAGAAUGGAUCUGUUAAGUCCCAUUGUUGAGUGCUCUUGGAGAACAAGCUGGCCAGUUUGCAGGUAGAGUCCUGGUAUACAGAUCUCGGCUAGCGACGUGGUCGAGAAUUCGCGCAUGGAGCAAACAUUCAGUGGAGGACUGGAUCCCAGGCAGGGGCCUCUUAGCACUAAAGACACCCUAACUUUAUCUUAAAAGCACCCGAGGGGGGUGGGAUGCUGGGUGCGAUUGGCUGUGGUUCUGGCUGGUGGGUCAGGGACCUUUCAUCGCUUUGACGUUCUCCAUAGUUAGACCCUGAUUUCGGAGUUUGGGUGAAUUGUCCGGUUGGUAGAGAUGAGUGGUUUUACUGCCAGAAAUCAGCAAUAAUGUCUCACUGAUUUUUUGAGCAAAUUCGUGGGUAGAGAUAGCGCCAAUGCGCUACAGGUUCCUAACAGAUGCUG